AUAUAAAUGCUUUUCCCUUCCACUACUAUCUAUAUUUUAAUUUCCUCAUCAUUUGCAGCCUCCUCGAUCCAUCAACAAUGGCAACCAGGCAAUAUUUAAGGAGAGCAUUCAUGGCGAACCAGCAGCGAAACUCAUCAUUUGGAACUGUGACGGCUACAAAGGGCGAAGGAGUGGUGUCGGGCCGUCCGAUUCACAACAAGUACGCAAUGACAGGAGAGUUUGCGCCAGUGUAUGUGGUGAUGGGAUUUGUGAGCGUGGCAGUUGCCAUAGGGCUGCACACAGCGAAGCAGCAGCUGGUGCAUGCCCCGGGCGUUAGCAUAAGCAAGAAAAGGAGAGAAUCUCUGCCGGAGCUGGAUAUUCCUGACGUCGUCACAUCCGAUGGUGACAAAUUCAUCAACAAAUCAUUCCUCAGGAAGGUUGGUCGCAUCCAGAAGGAUCAUCAUCAACACAUUUCCUCCUCUUCCACCUGAUCUUCACAUCAUCUUUUUCAACAAUCUUUUCAUGCUAAAUAUCUUUCAUUAACUCUUCUAUAUGCUUACUAAUAUGUCAUGUCAAUUUGUAAAUACUAAUCCCUUGUUUUAUUAUCUAUUCAUUGAUUAAUUAUGUCUGUAAUUAUACGACUGCGAUCAAUAAAGAUUAUUUUAUGUUUGAUGAUU